AUGGGUAGGGAGGACAAAGCUACCUGGAAAUCCAACUAUUUCCUGAAAGUCGUGCAAUUGCUCGACGAAUACCCGAGAUGCUUCAUCGUCGGUGCUGACAAUGUCGGUUCCCGUCAGAUGCAAACCAUCCGUAUGUCGCUCCGCGGAUCGGCCGUGGUGCUGAUGGGCAAAAACACCAUGAUGCGCAAGGCCAUCCGUGGACAUCUGGAGAACAACCAGAACUUGGAGAAGCUACUCAACCACAUCAAGGGCAACGUUGGCUUCGUAUUUACGAAGGGCGAUCUGGCCGAGGUCCGCGACAAGCUGACUGAGAGCAAGGUGCGUGCCCCGGCUCGUGCCGGUGCCAUCGCUCCGCUGGAGGUCGUCAUCCCGGCCCAGAACACUGGUCUUGGACCGGAGAAAACCUCCUUCUUCCAGGCUCUGUCCAUCCCGACCAAGAUUUCGAAGGGUACGAUUGAAAUCAUCAACGACGUGCCGAUCCUGAAGCCGGGCGACAAGGUCGGCGCUUCGGAAGCCACGCUGUUGAACAUGCUGAACAUCUCGCCGUUCUCGUACGGUCUGCAGAUCCAGCAGGUGUACGAUUCCGGUUCGAUCUUCUCGCCCGAAAUUCUCGACAUCAAGGCGGAGGAUCUGCGCGCCAAGUUCCAGGCCGGAGUUGCCAAUCUGGCUGCCGUUUCGCUCCAGAUCGGUUACCCGACGUUGGCUUCGGUACCGCACAGCAUUGCCAACGGUUUCCGCAACCUGCUGGCCAUCGCCGCCGUUACCGAGGUUGAGUUCAAGGAGGCCGAAACGGUCAAGGAGUUCAUCAAGGAUCCGAGCAAGUUCGCCAGUGCUUCGGCUGCAGCUGCUCCGGCUGCUUCCGCCGCUGCCCCAGCAGCGAAGGCCGAGGAAAAGAAGGAAGAGUCCGAAUCCGAGGAUGAAGAUAUGGGCUUCGGUCUGUUCGAUUAA